AUGUCAAAUACCUCAGAAAUUAAAAAAAAUUAUGAACUUUAUGGUGCCAAUACAUCCAAUGUAUAUAAAAUUCAUAUUAUGUUUAAAGAAUUAGGCAUUACCGAUUAUGAAUAUCAUUCAGUUGAUAUUAUGAAGGGUGACCAAUUUAAACCAGAGUUUUUAAAACUUAAUAGAAAUAACAAGGUACCAGUUAUUGUCGAUAAUACCGUUAAGGGAGCCCCAUUUCCAAUCUUUGAAUCUGGUGCCAUUUUAAUUUAUCUUGCAGAAAAGCAUGGAAAGUUUUUAGCCGGUACUGAUAAUCCAAUUGAACGUUCUGAAACUCUCCAAUGGUUAGCAUGGCAAAUUAGUGGUCAAGGUCCAUUCUCUGGUCAACUUUUCCAUUUCAAAUAUAUUGCCAAAGAAAAGAUUCCAUAUGCCAUUCAACGUUACAAUGACGAAGUUCACAGACUUUAUACAGUUUUGGAUGGUCACUUAAAAGAUAGAGAAUAUGUUGUUGGUAACUCUUUAACCAUUGCUGAUAUCUCUAUCUAUGGUUGGGCUUUUUAUCUUUUCUUCAACAUUAUAGUUGAAGAUUGGGAAAAUAAAUACCCAAAUGUUAAAAGAUGGUUAGAAUUACUCCAUACUCGUCCAGUAUUUAAAGAAGUUUUUGAAGAUGCUGAAAAAUCAUUUAAAGAAAGAGCUGCUCAAUUAAAAAAAGAAUAA